AUGGAAGCGGCCGAAUUUUGUCAAAAAAAGCCACGAGGAAGGGAGGAGAAGCCCGCAGACUUAAGAACGAAGAUUUUCACCCGUUUUUUUCCCACACCACAUCCAUCUUCAAUCAUGGGAAAGGAGAAGCAACACGUUAACCUCGUCGUUAUCGGCCACGUCGACUCUGGUAAGUCGACGACCACCGGUCACCUUAUCUACAAGUGCGGUGGUAUUGACAAGCGUACCGUUGAGAAGUUCGAGAAGGAAGCCGCCGAGCUUGGUAAGGGUUCGUUCAAGUACGCCUGGGUGCUUGACAAGCUCAAGUCUGAGCGUGAGCGUGGUAUUACCAUCGACAUUGCUCUCUGGAAAUUCGAGACCCCCAAGUACAAUGUCACUGUUAUUGAUGCCCCUGGUCACCGUGACUUUAUCAAGAACAUGAUUACUGGUACUUCGCAAGCUGACUGUGCCAUCCUUAUUAUUGGUGGUGGUACCGGUGAGUUCGAGGCUGGUAUUUCGAAGGACGGCCAGACCCGUGAGCACGCCCUGCUCUCGUUCACCCUCGGUGUGCGUCAGCUCAUUGUUGCGGUCAACAAGAUGGACACCACCAAGUACUCUGAGGACCGCUUCAACGAGAUCACUCGUGAGGUUAGCAACUUUAUCAAGAAGGUCGGCUACAACCCCAAGAACGUUCCCCUCGUCCCCAUUUCGGGCUGGACUGGUGACAACAUGAUUGAGCCCUCCUCCAACAUGCCGUGGUACAAGGGAUGGGAGAAGGAGUCCAAGUCCGGCAAGGUCACCGGUAAGACUCUUCUUGAGGCCAUCGACGCCAUUGAGCCCCCGGUGCGCCCCACCGACAAGCCUCUCCGUCUUCCCCUCCAGGACGUGUACAAGAUUGGCGGUAUCGGCACUGUCCCUGUCGGCCGUGUCGAGACUGGUGUGAUUAAGCCCGGUAUGGUCGUCACCUUUGCUCCCUCGAACGUGACCACUGAAGUCAAGUCCGUCGAGAUGCACCACGAGAGUCUCCCCGAGGGUCUCCCCGGUGACAAUGUCGGUUUCAACAUUAAGAACGUCUCUGUCAAGGACAUUCGCCGCGGUAACGUUGCGUCCGACUCGAAGAACGACCCUGCUCAGGAGGCCGCUUCUUUCAACGCCCAGGUUAUUGUCAUGAACCACCCUGGUCAGAUUAGCAACGGCUACUCGCCCGUGCUCGAUUGCCACACGGCCCACAUUGCCUGCCGCUUCAACAAGAUUCUCGAAAAGAUGGACCGUCGCUCUGGUAAGACGAUUGAGGAGAACCCCAAAUUCAUCAAGUCGGGUGACGCUGCCAUUGUUGAGAUGAUCCCCACCAAGCCCAUGUGUGUUGAGUCCUUCAACUCUUACCCUCCGCUUGGUCGUUUCGCUGUCCGUGACAUGCGCCAGACUGUUGCUGUCGGUGUCAUUAAGAGCGUUGAGAAGACCUCUGGCAAGGGUGGCAAGGUUACCAAGGCUGCCGAGAAGGCCACCAAGAAGAAGUAA